AUGGAAAAGAAUCGCCAUGUUCUAAAGGAGAUUAUCAAAGUCCUCCUUCUUUGUGCGAGGCAAAAUGUAGCAAUAAGAGGACACACAGAGGAAAGAAGCAACUUCAUUGUAAUUCUUAAAUUGAAGUCAGAAAACGAUCCUAUUCUUCGGGAACAUCUUUCGGCUGGGAAGGAUAGGGCUACGUAUCUUUCGCCCCAAAUCCAAAACGAACUAAUAGAUCUUUGUGCAAGGCAGAUAAGAGAUACUUUAGUCACUGCAUGUAAUUCUGCAGGAUGUUUUGGAUUUAUUGCUGAUGAGGCUAAAGAUUGUUCAACUAGUGAACAGAUUUCUCUCUGUGUAAGGUUCUACGAUCGUAGUACAGGCGAGGUGAAGGAAUACUUUCUUGGUUUUGUAGAAGCGGAUUCUACAACAGGAGAGGCACUAGCAGAGACUUUUCUGAAUACGUUGGAAGAGUAUGGAAUCAACGUUAAUAACAUUCGCGGACAAGGGUACGACGGAGCGGCUAACAUGGCGGGGAAGCACCGUGGUGUACAAGCUCGUAUUCGCCAGCGUAUUCCAUAUGCAAAUUAUACUCACUGCCGUGCCCAUUCUUUGAACCUUGCAAUCGUCCACGCGUGUAAAGAGCCUUUGAUACGAAAUCUUAUGGAUACAGUUCAGACGAUUGCCUUUGCAUUUGACUAUUCAGCAAAGCGACUUUUGCAGUUUAAAGAAAGUCUUGAACUCGACAGGGACGUUAAAGAUGCAAUGGACAGAAAAACAAAAAUCAAAACAUUAUGUGAGACAAGGUGGUUUUCAAGGGUUGAUUCUCUGACGACUUUCCUGAAAUGUUACGAUGUCAUCGUUGCUGCUCUCGAGGAGCUUUCAGAAGAUGGAGAUUCCAAAGCCAGGAGUCAUGUAUGUUCCAUCCUCCAGUUUGAUUUUAUUGUUGCUUUAGUCACUGCAGAGCAUGUCCUUGCACCGACAAAUCCUUUGUCAGCCCUUCUUCAAGCAAAGGAACAGGAUCUUCUUGAGGCAGUGAAGGAAUGCCAAGCUGUAAUAAGCAUUCUGCAGGCGGAGCGAGCAGACGAUACUGUUUGGGAGGCAAUCUUUUCCAAAUGUGAAGAAGUCGGAACUACUCAUAACAUUGCUGCCAGUGUGCCAAGAGUUGUUGGAAGACAACAGCAUCGCUACGACAUACCAGCAUCCGAUAAUCAAGAGUUCAAACGGGAGAUACAAAGAUGGAAAGCCAGAUGGGCUGAUGUAGUCGACAAACCGGCAACACUGGCUGACAGUUUGCGGGCCAUCCGAACACCAGAGCUAUACCCCAACGUGUAUCACAUCCUGGAAAUUCUUCUAAGCAUGCCAGUUUCCUCGGCGUCGGCAGAGAGGUCGUUCAGCAUAAUGAGACGUCUUAAGACAUAUCUGAGGUCUACAAUGACUGGGGAUAGGCUCUCAUCCUUAGCUGUUCUACAUUCGUACAGGGAGACUGACAUAGACCUGGACAAGAUUAUAGAAAAGUUUGCGGCGAAAAAACCAAGAAGGCUUGUUUUACAAUAA